AUGGAUUUACCAAAAUUCAGCGGACAGUAUAAGGAAUGGAAGUCAUUCAUCGAUGGAUUCAAAAUGAUGGUUGGACAGAAGAGGAAUAUCACCCCAAUCGAGAAGAUGAUCAGACUGGAAGGCUGCCUAGUAGGGGAUGCGAGAACCAUUAUCGCAAAUCUGACAACAACAAACGAACACUACGAGAUUGCAAUGCAGAAACUCACUAAUCGCUACGACAAUCAGAGGCUAAUCGUCACCUCAUUGCUCACUAACCUCAUGAGCAUGACACCAAUGAGUAACAAGUCGGCGAAAGGUCUCAGUGAAGUCAUCGAUAUAACUACAUCAACACUCGACGGGUUAAAAGCACUGCACAUCAACAUAGAAGGCUGGGAUGCAAUCAUCAAUCACCUCUUGAGGACAGCAAUCGAUCCAGGCACGAGGGAAAAAUGGGAAGAGAAGCUAGGAGCGUCCACCACGGUGCCCCCAUUGCAGGAAUUUAUGGAAUUCCUAAAAGCCAGAGCAAAUCCCCUCGAGAGUGUCGAUGACAAAAACCAAACCAACCCAACAACAGGGAAAAGCCAUAACUAUGGAAAAUCAAACGUAAUUAGGAAAUCCACGGUUCAUACUCACACAGCAUCCAGCACGAACACUCGAAGAGAAAAGAGAUCAGAAAUAGUUCCAGCGAACCAGGUAGGAUCCAAGGACAAGAGCUGCGUACUAUGCAAGGGAAAUCACUUCAUAGGAUACGCCUGUACAAAGUUCAAGGACAUGACGCUUAAGCAACGAAGAGAAACCAUUCAACAGCCGAAUCUAUGCUGGAACUGCCGAGGACCUCAUAAAGUCGAGAAUUGCAGCAGUGAACAGACGUGUCAAAUAUGUGCUAGUCAUCACCAUAUAUUAAUUCACGAAACCAAAAACAUCGCCUCAGCAAGUGAGAAAACUGGCACAUCAACAUCAUCAAGUCCCAAUAACUGA